GUCAUGUCUGGUGGUUUCUUCUGGUACGACUACCUCAUAUUUUUCAUAGUCUUAGCAAUCAGUUCCGGUACCGGAAUUUAUUAUGGUUGCUUUGGAAGCAAGCAAAAAACAGUCAAAGAGUACCUUUUGGGAGGCAAAAAAAUGACAACUUUACCGAUCGGAAUUUCAGUAGCUGUAAGGUAAUUGAAAAUUUCUAAUCUCAGUUCAGAACCAAAUUUUGAAAAUUCUAGUCACUUUUCGGCAACUACUAUAAUGGCAGCACCGGCCGAUAUUUACAAAUUUGGAGCAUAUUACGCCUACACUAUGAUUGGUUUAGUAAUAAUGGGGUUUAUUUCAAUUUUUGUCUUUUUCCCCGUUUUUUUCAAAUUACAAGUUACCAGCAUUUAUGAAUAUUUGGAAAAACGCUUCGAUCACAAAACCAAAAUUUUCGUGUCAUUUUUAUUUGUUGUGGGGGAGGUUUUGAUUAUUGCGGUCAGUACUUAUGCACCGUCACUGGCACUUUCUACAGUUACUGGUAUUCAUGUCUAUUACAUUAUUAUUUGUGUUUUUGGAACUUGUAUUUUCUAUACUACAAUCGGAGGCUUAAAAACCGUCGUUUGGACUGAUAUUUUCCAAAUUGUGGUUAUUUUCUUAUCUCUUUUUAUAAUUUGUGCAAUCGGGUUAAAUACCACAGGGAAUUUUGCAACAAUAUGGAAAACAGCACUCGAUGGUGGAAGACUCGAUAUUUUGAAUUUUAAUUUAGAUCCAACGCUCCGUGACAGUUUUUGGACAUUUGUGAUUGGCUAUACGAUUCAGUGGACGAAUUAUGUAAGUCUUUCACAGUCUGGAGUUCAAAAAUUUCUAGCGCUACCGACGUUUCGUGAAUGGAUUUGGGGAGUAGUAUUUUAUGUGGUAACAAUGGAAAUAGUGCAAAUAUUUUGCAUUUUAUUGGGUCUAUUAGCCUAUGCACAUUACGCAAAUUGUGAUCCUUUUAUUAGUGGAAAAAUACAACGACACGAGCAGUUACUACCAUAUUACACUGCAGAAAUAGCUGGACAUAUUCCGGGAAUCACCGGAUUUACUCUGGUGGCACUGUUUUGUGCUACUUUGAGUACAAUAUCAUCAACACUGAAUGCCAUUUCUGGAGUCGUUUACAAAGAUUUUCUUUCGGGAUAUUUGAAAAGUAACAUUGAAGAAAAAACCACUGGUCGUAUUUUGAGACUGAUUGUUGUCAUUACUGGCAUUUUAAGUAUGUCUUUAGUGUUUGUGUUGCCAUACUUGGGAGAUAUACUCCCUCUGGCAGUGACUGGAGCCUCUAUAGGUUUUGGACCAACGUUAGGUGUAUUUUGUUUAGGUUUUCUGUUCCCGAAAGCUAACGCCAAGGGUGCAUUUUACGGAGGUCUUGUUUCGUUUAUAUUUCAAGUCUUUGUAUUCAUUGUCUCCAAAGUGUAUCGAUACCAGAAAAUCAUUGUCGAUGUUCCUAAAUCUUUUUCUGUGAGCGGAUGUUGGACUAACACUUCCUUUGCUAGUAAUAGUACAAUUUCUAAGAGUUUUAUUCAAACGAACAACAUUAAUUCAGAGUUCACACCUUUUUUUAUAUUCAGGUUGUCGCAUUAUUACAAUUGCACUUUAGGACUCAUUGUUACAAUAAUCAUCGGAUUGAUCAUCAGUUAUUUAACAAACACAAAGGACCCUCCAGUUGAUAAAGAAUUGUUGAGUCCUGUAGUUCAUUAUUUUUUGUCAGAAGAUACAAGAACCGAAAUUAACAAUCGAGAGUUGAGAGCUCUCAUGACAAAAUAAUUAAAUACUCAAAAAAU